UCUGGCAAGGGGUCUGGAGUUGCUUUCCCGUCUGUGAGUUGCCUUGCAUGCAGUGCGCGGGGCUCUCCUGAGACGACAUGAAGAAGAUAUUUAGCUUCAGGAAGAAGAAGAAGGAAAAUCCGCCGCCGCCCGGCGGCGCCGCCUCGCCGUGCCCCGCCGGUGCAUACGAACUCCGCCAUAAGGAGCUGGGCAAGCUGCACCGUGCGGCCGCUACCGGAGACCUGGCCCAGGUGCGGCAGAGGCUGAAGAAGCACGGCGUCGACGAGCGCGACAAGGAGCAGCGGACACCACUGCAUCUUGCUUGUGCAAAUGGACAUGCGGAUGUCGUUACGUUUCUAGUAGAAAACAAGUGUAAGCUAGAUCUUUUUGACAGUGAUAACAGAUCACCACUGAUGAAGGCAGUGCAAUGCCAGCAAGAAAAAUGUGCAGUAAUCCUGCUAGAGCACGGUGCUGAUCCAAACCUGGCAGAUGCUAGCGGCAACACUGCCCUUCACCUGGCUGCUGUAGCUCCUAACACAUUUCUAGCAGGGAUGUUAAUUGAGCACAGUGCCCGUAUUGAUGCUCAGAAUAAGGAUGGAUGUACUCCCCUUACUCUCGCUAUCUCUGAACAUCGUGAUGAGAUGGUAGAGCUCCUCCUUAAAAAAGGAGCUGAUGUUCGUGCUCGAGAUCUGUGUGAGAGAACCCCACUUAUGACUGCUGCGUCCGGUGGGGAGCUUAAGUUGGUAAAAAUCCUUCUUCACUAUGGUGCUGAUCUUUCCCAUAAAGACACUAAUGGAUGGACAGCUGAGGAUUAUGCUAUUAUUCAUGGAUAUGCUAGUCUUAGUAAACAACUGGCAGAAUAUGCAGACUGGGAGAACACAGGGAAAGCUUCUGCAGGUGCUUCCCGAGGCACCCGAGUGCCGAUGACUCCUCACAAGGCAGGAGCUGCUGGCUUUACAUUGGGUGCACCUGCUGUGAACAGAGAAGCAAUAGAUGACUUUUCCCAUGGAGACUCAAUAAGUUCUGAAAAAGAGGGCAGUAAUGACACUUGGCAUACUUCUGAGGAAGAAGAACUGGAUUUUACACCCAAGAAGCCACAGAAGCCAAACUUGACAAUGUUAUUGAAUGUUUCCCAGAAGUUCAGCAAUGUAGGUGGUGGUGAUGGUUCUAGAAUUAAAAGUCCUAAGUCACAGAAGAAAAGCCUUACACAAAAAAAACCAACAGAUGCAAACCUGAACAGAGGAAAAUGUGGAAAGUUGUUGAAUGAAGAUGUCUCAGAUUCAAGCAGCCUUGAGGAAGAUGAAUUGGAAGAAGAGGAGGAAGAGGAGGAAGAUGAAAAUGAUGAUGGAGAUGACGAUGAGGAGUGUGAAGAAGAAGAAGAAGAAGAUCUUACUCAAGAUGAAAAGGAGGAAGGAGAUCUGGAAGAUGAAGAAACUCAAUCUAAUGACGUAAUGGAAGAGGAGCAGAUAGGUAAAAUAGAACCUAAAGAAGAAAUUAAUCAAAAAUUGGGGUAUCUUAGUAGUGUUAAGAAUGAAGGGGAUGCACAGUGUGAAGCUGGAAGUGUCUCCACUGAUUAUCAGGAAAUAUGUAAAAAAAUCGAUGAAAAGAUGGAGGGAUCUGUUGACAGUCCUGUGUCUUUUAUAGAUGUGCAAGAGAAUAUAACAGCCAUGUCUCCAAAGCGAAUGAAUAAUGAAGUAUCUUACGAGUCAGCACCAAAACAACCUAUUAUUCAAAAUGUAAAUAAUUUGCAAGAUAAACAAGAAAGCUGCAAGAAGAAAAGCAUAAUGCAGAAGAUAUUUCACAGAAAUACAGCCUCCUCUUCAGCAGACUCUGAAAUGACAGUCUUGAAAAAAGGCAUACCUCAGCCCCUCUCAAAAAUUGGUGGUGAUCUUCAGGAGAAGUUAAGUUUCAGCGAUGUCCUCAAAAGUAUUAGUAGUUCUUCAUCAACAAGGGGAAUUAUAAAGCUUGAAAAUCAAAUACUAAGCUCUGUCACGGAUGAUGAAGAUACUGAAGAAGAGCAGUAUAAACAAGUAGAUAUUAAAUUGCAUAAAGCACAGAAACAAGAAAGUGAAAACCUGCGUCUAGGUCGAUGUACGGAAAAUCUAAGUACAGCAUUUUCCUCAAGCACAGAAGUAAUUCUCAUGCAUCUGUUCUUUAUUGUGCAGAUGUAUUCUGGAAGUCCAGGGAAAGUAUCACCUGUUGUGGUGCUCCCACCUGCUGUUGAACGCGGAAUAUGCUUGCAGAGUGUUUCAAGGAAGCACAACAAUGGCUUUUCAGAGAAAUCCGGUGAUUUGCAGUUGAAGGUUUCUGCAGUUUUAGAGAGGAAUGAAACACCUUCAAAAAAAGAAAGGAGGAAAUCAGAUCUACAGGAGGAAUUGAGUUUAGAAGAUGUAGACAAUAUUGAAGGUGAGUGCUCAGAACAUAUCUUUCUUGUGUCAUCAGCUGAAAAAGAGAUGGUCAAGGAUGCCAUUGAAAACUGUGGAAGGCAGGAUAAAUAUGUUUUAGAAACUACCAACUUGAUAGAAAACCCAGCAUAUGAAAUACAGACUGACAAAGCAGAAAUUUCUCAUCAGGAAGCCCUAGCAGAAAAUGAGGAAUCCCACAGUGCUGUCAAGCAGUUAAGUCUAAAGCCGUGGGAAGAAAGAUAUGAAAGAAUGUGGGUUGAAAAAGAGAAAAGGGAAUUGAAAACAAAUUUUAAAAACAUCACAGCAGAGCUGAAGCAGCUGUUUGGUGAAAUUAAUGAAUCUGAGGAAACUACAUCCCUUGUGGCAGAAGUGGCAGAAGAUGACUUCAAUGAAGAAUUGAAGAGUUUUCGUGUUUCAUCUUGUGUGACAGAAUCAAAUAAUAAGUUAGAAAGUAAAGGUGAAUCUGGAGAUAUGAAACUUAACGUAGACCUAAAGGAACCCGAAGUGGAAAUUGUAGUUCAGAGUCUCGGUGUCCUUCCUGAUCACAGUAACUUAAAUGCAAACAUGGAAAAUACCUGGAGUACAGACGAAGAAGACUGCACUAAUUACACAGAUAAUACAAAAGUACCUCUAGCAAGAGGAGAGGAAAUGGAAGAAAAUGAGAAUGGGAUUGGAAGGAAUGUAGAGGGAAGUCCUGAGUAUUCCCCGAGACAUUGUUUAAAAACAAAUAUUUUGGAUGACAUUUCUAAUAUUCUUCCUAAAAUAAGACCUAUUUCCACAAAUGAUGAAAGUACACUGGGUUUUAUCAGAGAGAAGAAAUUUGGUAAGGAUGUCUGUCUUAGUGACAGUGUUUCCAGAGACUGCCUUAUCAAAAACAAGGAAAUAGGAGAAGCAGAAAUUGAAAAUCUUAUUCCACAUGAUCAGCAACCUUGUGGCAUGCUGAAAAGGAAUCUGGAUGAAGAAUUAAAACAAGAUAUGGAAAGAUUUAAGAGUAAGGUAGGAAUGCUGCAAAUGGUAUUCCUGGCUUUGGAGAAAGAGAAGGUACAGCUACAAAAAGAGGUUGAGAAGGAAAAAAAGAAGCAGAAACAUUUCAAAAUGCAAGCAGUGGAGAAAGAGGACGAUCUUGAUAAAUUAAAUACACCAGCAGGCAGUGUUAACAAUCAACCAGUUAAAGAAGAGCUUGCUCUAAGGAAGAAUGAGAAAAAACUUGAGAAUGAAAAAAUGAUAGAAGAAAAACGCACACAGAACUCUUCAUCUGAGGAGAGACCAAAAUUAACUAGAAUGCCAACAAAAGGUAAAUCUGUUAUGAAUGCAAAAGGUAUGAAGAAAAAUGAGAAUAAAAGGCAGUCUUCAAAGCAGAAGGCUAAUCAGAAGAUUCAAGUAGCGGAUGAUAGCACUUGCAGUGAAACAUCCCAAGCUGAAGAAAGGCCUGCAGCAAAAACAGGGAGUGAAAAGGGCAAGGUCAGCAUGCAAAUGGAUGUUACUGAUGACCUUGAUUUAACACAGUCAUCUGAUACAACUACAGAGGAUGCUGAGUUGCCAACUUCAACUUACAAAGAAGCUAUGUUGCUGUUAGAACAGCUUAGUGUGGAUCAUACAGAUUCUGCUAUUUUGCUGAAAAUUCAAAACAUACUUCUUGAAUAUGAACAGAGAAUAGAUCGCGAAAAAAAUCGCUAUGCAGCUCUCUGGAAAGAAGUCAGAAAGUUGAGAAGUGAAAAAGAGGAGUCACAGUUAAUAGCAGAAGAGACUGAAGAUUUGAAAUCCACAUUGGCUCACCAAGAAAUGGAAUUGAAAAGUGAUAUCCGAAGCCUUAAAUUUUCUUUGAAACAAGAAGAGCAAAAGAGGCUUAGAGCUGAAAUGCAAUAUGAAAAAAUAGGAGAACAACUAAGGAAGAAAGAGGAUCAAUACUGUAGAGAGGCAGAGGAGAAACAACAACUUGAGUUACGUGCAAGGAAUUUAGAAAUGGAGUUAAUAACACUGAGAAAGCUCAUGAAACAGAUUGAAGAAGAGCGUGAUGAAACACAGAGACAGCUCUCUCAGGAAAAGAGUGCUAGAGCUCUACAAGAAGGAAUUUUGAACAGCCACCUGUGGAGACAGAAGGAACUGGAAGAAGAGACAAGAAAAACUAUAGGAAAAAAUUCAGAGGAAUCUGACACUAAUGACAGAGAAAAGGAUCUGCUGUACAAAAAUCAGUUACUGCAAGAAGAGAUUGCUAUACUAAGACUUGAACUUGAUCAAGUAAAACUUAGGCACCAGGAGGAUGAAGGAAAAUAUUUAGGGGAAAAUGAGUCUUUGAAAGAAAAAAAUGACGAUCUUCUGAAGGAACUUAAGCUGAAUGAGGAAGCCUUAACACAAACAGUGUUGCAGUACAAUGGACAGCUGAGUUUACUCAAGACAGAAUCUGCAAUGCUAAGCUCUAAGCUUGAACAGACAAGAGAAAGCAAAGACAGACUGGAAACAGAGAUUGAAUCAUUCCGUUCCCGCUUGAAUGCUGCUGUUCAAGAUCUUGAACGUCAUCAGUCAUUGAAAAGUGACGCUGAACGAACAUUUCAGAAAGAACGUGAUGAAUGGCUUCGUUUACAAGACAAGCUCCAUCAUGAGCUCUCUCAUGCGCAAGAGACCAACAAGAGCUUGUCUCAGCAGCUGAGUAAGAUGGAAAUGAAAGCCAAUUGUCUAGAAAGUGAGCUUCACCAGUUGAAACAAACACUUCGAGAAAAAACACUGCUUUUAGAAAUGACGCAAAAAGACUUAAAUCAAGCCCAGUGCCAGGCCAAAGAAAGUGACUGUGCACGGCAACUUGAGAAAGAUCAAGUCAGCAAAUUUAUGAUAAAGCAGGAAUCUAUGCAGGAACGAUUGGCUCAGCUCCAAAGUGAAAACCUCUUACUCCGUCAGCAGCUGGAAGAUCUGCAGAACAAGGGGAUCAUCAAAGAAAAGGUUGUGAAUGAUGUCCAGGACAGAUUUAAUGAUAUUUUCAACAAACUCAGAGCUGAUACUGAAAAGCAAGUUUACCUCAUGGAAGAGAGAAACAAGGAAUUAAAUACCAAGUGUACUGAUUUAAGGGAACAAGUCUUUAAAUAUGAGACUGACAAAGUAGAAAGAGAGGUUUUGGUCAGACAGCUACAGCAGGAGCUUGCUGAUGCUCUUAAAAAGCAGUCUAUGUCAGAAGCUUCCCUUGAAGUUACUACACGCUAUCGCAGUGACCUUGAGGAAGACAAAUUGCGCUUGCAAAAGGAAUUGGACAGGGUUAAAACCAAGCUACAGGAAUCUGAAGAACAGCGUGUUCAGUCUGAGCUUUGUGUUCAUGACUUGAAGACUGUCCUAGAUAAUAAGGAAAAAGAAAUAUCAGUUUCUUCUGAGAAACUGAAAGACCUUCUGUUAGCAACUUCUGGAACCAAUGCUGUUAUAAAACAACUGGAAGAACAUGUGCAACGACUUGAAAUAGAAAAUGCCAGAUUGGAAGUCACAACCAAACAACAAACCAAUAGUAUUGAAGCUCUUCAGAAGGAUAUGCAAGCAUCAGCCUCAGUUCAUCAUCGCCUAGAAGAGUUGUGCUUACGGACAGCACAGACAGCUGCAGAAAAGUACCAGUAUCAGCAGAUGCAAAAGCAGGAUAUGUUGACUAUGACAUCAAAAGAAUCACGCAGUAUGUGGGAGGAAGAAGUGAAGUCGAGAGUCCUCCUUGAAAAUCGUCUUGCUCAACUUGAUAGGGAAAAGGCUGAGCUCUUGGAACAGUGUGAGGCUGAAAGAAAGAAAGUGAAGAAGCUGGUAGAGUUGAAACGACCAGUUGAAGCACGUCUUGACCAGGAAAUGAAAAGAAACGUUGAACUGCAGAAAGAACAUCACAGGUGCAAGAGGCUUCUGAACAGAGCUGUGAAGAAACUAAGAAUGCACGAGUCCAGAGAAAGAGAGUCCCAAUUUAAUUUCCAGGGAGAAAUGAAAAAUAGGUAUUCUGAAAUGGUGAAUGAAGUUGGAAAUUUAAGAACAAAGGUUACUGAACUUUCUCAGCAGCUGGAGUUAGAGUCUAAAAAAUGCAUCCAGCUGGAAACACAAAACCAGGAUUUGCGAGAAGAGCUGUCUGUUCUGCGUGGGAACCAUGAAAAGCUGGAGAGGAGCAAAUCCCAGUUGAAGGAAGAGGUGGCAAGCCUCAGACAUCAUUUGGAGGUUAAUAUGGUGAAUCACAGCCAAAUAGAACAAUACAAGAAAGAGAUGGAAGAACGAGCCGGACAAGAAAUCAGACAAAAACUACAAGAAGUCAAUUUGUUUUUGCAGACACAGGCAGCCUCCCAGGACAGGUUAGAACAAAUCAGAGACAAUCAUCAUGCCUCACUGAGAAACCAACUAAAGCACAGAAUUAAAGAUCUCGAAUGUGAGUUGGACAGAAUAAAAAAUACUCAACACGACAGUAUUUUUCAAAAAGAAUCCACGCAGGCAGAAGUGGAAAAAUAUAAAGAAAAGUAUCUGGAAGAAGUGAAAAUUAGAAGAAGCCUAGGAAAUAAGCUGGAAAGAGCCAAUGAGAGACUAGCAGAAGCUAAUGCUAAGCUCUUUCAGGAGCGCCACAGAAACAAAUCUUUAAUUACAAGCAGCAUUGUCGCAGGAGGUCUGUCUGCAAGUCCAGUUCUGUAUUCAACUGAACUGGGGCAUCUUGGCAACAAUCUGGCACUGAACAGAAGUCUCAACCUAGGAGGAAGCUUUGUAGGCACAGCUGGGAAUGCAUUAUCAUCAAGAAACAAUGUUGAAGCCUACAUGGAUAAGGUACGGAAGGAACUGGAUGAAAAAAUCACUAAAGAACUUGAACAAGCCAAUGCUGAACUUGAAAUUGGAUCUGCUAGAGCUUCUCCAAUGAUGUCUACUGAUGGAUCUUCAAAAAAUCUCAAUAUUGACCAGGAUCCCCUUUGCAGAGCAAUACAGGAGUACCGUGACGUUUUAAACAAAAAUUAUCUGAUCUAAACAAAAAUGCAAAGGGAAAAGUACUGGAAAUCAUUUUGUUUACAUAGGAUGUCUUUGAUUUCCCAUCCUGCAGCCUGGAUGUGGAAACAUCUAUAUUCAAACUGCAAUAAGUUCAAAAUGUAUUAAAUAGGUGUCAAGCACUCUGCACUUACUGUUGGUCACUGAGGUGUAGUUAGUUUAUUUUGCACUCAGAGUAAGAGCCAUAUCUAUUUUUUCUUACUAUCAGAUUGAGUAACGUUGAUUCUUGAACUUGACAGAAUUGUCAGAAUGUUUUUGAUGCAUUAUUUUGCUCCACUUGUGCUCUGUGUUUUAAAAGCAUUCCCCUUGUUUUAAAGCAUUUUAAAGCAUUCCCCUUGUUCUGUUGAACCCUUUCACUGUCUGUGUGUUUCCAGUGUUAUUUUAAUGCAUAGGAGGUUAUUUGUUUGGCUUAUUUGUUAUUAUUUGUUAUUUGUUUGUUCUGCCAACUGCUUCAGUCCUGGUGCUGUGAAUAUUUCUGCUGAUUAAGUGAAAGUUUUACCAAUGUUUAAGCUGGAGAAGGAUGCACUUUACAUUGUUUCACUUAUACGCACCUUGGGCUUAAAAAUACUGUGAGUGUGUAGUAGUGCCAAGAAAGCUUUAAUGUGAUCUUUUUGGUUUGGUAUCCAUGUUGGGUUUUGCAUUAGAAUUUGAUUCAACCUAAGACAUUCACAGUUGCUAGAUCAACAUGGGAUGAACCUGAAGCAGUUCAUACUGAGAAGAAGGAAAAUUAACAUUUCAACCUUCGUUCCAAUUGGUACUUAACACUAUUUGUGUGGUGGGACAAGUUUUUAUUGCUGCUAACAGCUGGUGAUAAAAUUGCUGCAACUCAGGUGAAGAGUAAUGCUGUGGGACUUUGUGUCUGUAAGACAAGCAGUUUUGUUAACAGUUACAUGUUACUGAAGAUCUGCAGUAGUCAUUCCUUGUCUACAAAAUUUGCUAAAAUAUUACACAACAAAUGGAGUCAACAUUCCAGAGAUGUGAGAAUGUUGUACUGAAGCAAACAGAAACUGGAAAAAAGAUUUUUACUCACUAAUUCAACAACUCGAGUUGAGCAGUAAGGAGAUGUAGUGAAUGUUGCUGCAACUCUCUGCUCCUUUUUACAUGAAUACAAUUUUGUGACACUAAUACACUGUAUUUAAUUCCAGGUAUUACAUUCCAACUUGGUAUUUAAUAAACUUUCAUAUUCAGUA